GAGAAGUAAUUUGCCAGAGUGGCUGCUCUGUCCCUACAAGAGUACCAUGGCCAAGCGAGUGGCAGUGAUUGGAGCCGGUGUGAGUGGCCUGUCCUCCAUCAAGUGCUGCUUGGAUGAGGACCUGGAGCCCACCUGCUUUGAGAGAACUAACGACAUCGGGGGACUCUGGAAGUUUACUGAAACUUCUAAAGAUGGGAUGACCAGGGUCUACAGGUCAUUAGUGACAAAUGUCUGCAAAGAAAUGUCAUGUUAUAGCAACUUCCCCUUCCAAGAAGAUUAUCCCAAUUUCAUGAACCAAGGAAAAUUUUGGGACUAUCUCCGAGAAUUUGCUGAGCACUUUGACCUUCUGAAAUACAUUCGGUUUAGGACCACAGUGCGCAGUGUAACAAAACGUCCAGACUUCUCCGAAACUGGCCAGUGGGAUGUUGUCACAGAGACAGAGGGGAAGCAGGAACGAGCUGUCUUUGAUGCUAUCAUGGUUUGCACCGGACAUUACCUGAAUCCCCGUUUACCCUUGGAGUCCUUUCCUGGUAUUCAUAAAUUUAAAGGCCAGAUCCUGCACAGUCAGGAGUAUAAGAGCCCAGAAGGCUUUCAAGGCAAACGCGUGUUAGUGAUCGGUCUUGGGAACACUGCAGGAGACGUGGCCGUGGAGCUGAGCCGGACGGCAGCACAGGUACUUCUCAGUACCAGGACUGGUGCCUGGGUUCUCCACCGCUCUUCAGAUGGGGGCUACCCAUUAAAUAUGGUGAUUACAAGAAGAUGCCUUAAUUUUAUCACACAAGUUCUGCCCUCGCGUGUACUAAACUGGAUUCAACAGAGGCAACUGAAUAAAAGAUUUAACCAUGAGAAUUAUGGAUUAAGUAUUACAAAGGGGAAAAUAUCAAAAUUCAUUGUGAAUGACGAACUGCCGACCUGUAUCCUUUGUGGGACAGUCACCAUGAAAACCGGCGUGAAGGAGUUUACAGAAACCUCUGCUCUCUUUGAAGACGGAACCAUGGAAGAAAACAUCGAUACUGUGAUCUUCGCGACAGGAUACACAUUUUCUUUUCCCUUUCUCGAAGAACCUCUUAAAAGCCUCAGUACAAAGAAGAUAUUCCUAUAUAAGCGGGUCUUUCCUUCAAACCUAGAGAGAGCAACACUAGCUCUCAUUGGCUUCAUCAGCCUUAAAGGAUCCAUCUUGGCGGGCACGGAGCUCCAAGCACGCUGGGCCACGAGAGUAUUCAAAGGACUCUGUCGGAUACCUCCAUCCCAGAAGUUGAUGGCCGAGGCUACUAAAAAGGAGCAGCUCAUAGAAAGGGGUGUGAUGAAAGACACCAGUGAAGACAAACUUGAGUUCAUUCAGUACCUGGAUGACCUGGCUGCAUGCAUAGGCGCCAAGCCCAGUGUCCCUCUUCUGUUCCUCAAGGAUCCCAGACUAGCCUGGGAAGUUUUCUUUGGACCAUGCACUCCUUACCAAUACCGCCUUGUGGGCCCUGGAAAAUGGGAUGGAGCCAGAAAUGCCAUCCUGACCCAGUGGGCCAGGACACUGAAACCCUUAAAAACUCGAAUUGUUCCUGAUUCCACCAAGCCUGCCUCCAUGUCACAUUAUUUAAAAGUUUGGGGGGCACCUAUCCUCCUUGCCUCUCUCGUACUGAUCUGUAAACCUUCACUGUUUUUGAAACCGGUACGAGAUAAUCUACAGGAUAGAAUCUCCUCUUACCUAACACGUAUUUGGUGAGGACGAAUCUCGUCACGGGAGUCGUGCCCAGCCACACUAAUUCUGUCUCCAAUACUCUGUGCCUCCUCCUCUCCUCUCUGUCUUACCUGCUAUCACCCAAGCUCAGGUCCAGUCAUGUCUUAUCUGAGUCACUGUACUGUCUUUCUCUCUAGUCUCAGUGCCUCCUUUCCUCUCUAUAUUCCACUCUGCUACCUAAGCAACUAUGCUAAAAUAAGAAUAGCAUCACUAUUGCCAUCAAGAUCUCGGUAGGAAUCAGAC